AAAAGAGGGGAGCAAAAAAGAACAAAAUUUUAGAACCUCCUUUUCACGACUUGCCGUGUGGUUUUUUCUUAUUUGAUUUCUUCGCGGUAUAGUUUUCCUAAUUCGUCGCCAAUAUUGAUUUCCCGCAUCGAUAAAUACCCUGCGCUAUUGCCUUCUUUUUCUUCACAAAUCAUAAAAAACUAGCCUUCUAGCUUUAUUAUCGAUAUAUAUAUCCCUCUGAAUCAAGCAAAUCCAUUUUGAAGGAUCAAGAGAGAUUUAUUAAUGUAUGGAAUUAGUAUUAUCUCCUGCAAGUUGGGCACCAAUGAACGAACAAAAGGUACAGAUGCAGAUCUUUGUGAAGACCCUGACUGGCAAGACUAUAACUCUCGAAGUUGAGAGUUCAGACACGAUCGACAAUGUUAAAGCCAAAAUCCAGGACAAAGAAGGUAUUCCACCAGAUCAACAACGUUUGAUCUUUGCAGGAAAACAGCUCGAGGAUGGGCGUACUCUCGCAGAUUACAAUAUUCAAAAGGAGUCGACACUUCACCUUGUUCUUCGCCUCCGUGGUGGAAUGCAAAUCUUCGUUAAAACCUUAACCGGGAAAACAAUCACAUUGGAAGUUGAGAGCUCGGACACUAUUGAUAAUGUUAAGGCGAAAAUUCAAGAUAAGGAAGGUAUUAUUUUUGCGGGGAAGCAAUUGGAAGAUGGGCGCACUCUGGCAGAUUAUAAUAUUCAAAAGGAGUCAACACUUCACCUAGUCCUCCGCCUUCGUGGUGGAAUGCAAAUUUUUGUUAAGACCUUAACUGGAAAAACAAUCACGUUGGAGGUUGAGAGCUCGGACACGAUAGACAAUGUUAAGGCUAAAAUUCAAGACAAGGAGGGUAUCCCACCUGAUCAGCAGAGGUUGAUUUUUGCUGGGAAGCAAUUAGAAGAUGGAAGAACUCUGGCUGAUUAUAACAUCCAGAAGGAAUCCACCCUUCACCUUGUUCUCAGGUUGAGGGGUGGCAUGCAGAUCUUUGUGAAGACUUUGACGGGGAAGACGAUCACGUUGGAGGUGGAGAGUUCCGAUACCAUUGAUAAUGUGAAGGCCAAGAUACAGGAUAAGGAGGGUAUCCCACCAGACCAGCAGAGACUGAUUUUUGCAGGGAAACAAUUGGAAGAUGGAAGGACUCUCGCAGAUUAUAAUAUUCAAAAGGAAUCUACCCUUCACCUUGUUCUCAGGCUAAGGGGUGGAAUGCAAAUCUUUGUUAAGACCUUAACUGGAAAAACCAUCACAUUGGAAGUUGAGAGCUCAGACACGAUUGACAAUGUGAAGGCGAAGAUACAGGAUAAAGAAGGUAUUCCGCCGGACCAGCAGAGGCUCAUCUUUGCUGGAAAACAGUUGGAGGAUGGUAGGACACUUGCUGACUAUAACAUUCAAAAGGAGUCAACACUCCACCUAGUCCUCCGCCUUCGUGGUGGAAUGCAAAUCUUUGUUAAAACCUUAACGGGAAAGACCAUCACAUUGGAAGUUGAGAGCUCAGACACGAUUGACAAUGUGAAGGCGAAGAUACAGGAUAAAGAAGGUAUUCCACCGGACCAGCAGAGGCUCAUCUUUGCUGGAAAACAGUUGGAGGAUGGUAGGACACUUGCUGACUAUAACAUUCAAAAGGAGUCAACACUCCACCUAGUCCUCCGCCUUCGUGGUGGAAUGCAAAUCUUUGUUAAAACCUUAACGGGAAAGACCAUCACAUUGGAAGUUGAGAGCUCAGACACGAUUGACAAUGUGAAGGCGAAGAUACAGGAUAAAGAAGGUAUUCCACCGGACCAGCAGAGGCUCAUCUUUGCUGGAAAACAGUUGGAGGAUGGUAGGACACUGGCGGACUACAAUAUCCAGAAGGAGUCUACUCUCCAUCUUGUGCUGAGGCUGAGGGGUGGAUUUUAAGCAUUUCUUUCGUCAGAUGUUUCUCUUAAGUCAUUGUUAAUGUUUGUCUUUAGCUUUAUUACAUCUAGUGUUCAAUGACCUCUUAUUGAUGUCAAUGGUAUGAAUUGUGAAUGGACCACUGUUUUCUUAGUGAAAUUUGAUUUCGUUUCUAAUGAAGUUUGCUUCUUUAUGAUUUUA